AGAUUGGGCCAUGAGAGAUCGGGUGAAGAGAGAAGAGCGGGCGGGUUAUCGGACGCCUUCGUCUCACUUUCCUCGCUUCACUCCCUCCCUCUCUCUCUCUCCUCUCCGUCAUGGAAGACGCUGCCGCCUGCCCUUCCGCCGCGCCACCAUCUCCCCCGCGCGAUUCCGGCUUGUUACCCGUCGGCUCGCCCGAGAUCGCCGACUUCCACUUGGAAGAAGAAGAAGCCGAAGAAGUACCUCCUUCCCCCGAGGAGCAUCAGCCCUCCCAAAACCCUACCCUCGCAGAUGAUCUCCCUCACAAGAUCAUUAAGCAGGUGGAAUAUUACUUCAGUGAUGAGAAUCCAAUGGUUGAGCAGUUUAUUUUGAAAUAUGCAACCAAAGAUGAGGGAGGGUUUGUGCCAAUUGCUGCUAUUGCAUCGUUUAAGACAAUGAGAAAGAUUACUCGAGACAGGUCAUUGAUAGUGGCUGCACUGAAGGAAUCUUCUUUACUUGUUGUAUCUCCUGAUGGCAAGAGUGUGAGACGACUGCAGCCUCUACCAGUCUCUGAUGCUAAGGAUCAAGUGUUAUGCACUGUGCUGGUGGAAAAUCUACCAGAAGAUCAUUCCAUAGAAAAUAUGCAGAGAAUAUUUGGUGCAGCUGGCAACAUAAAGAAUGUUUGUAUCCGUGAUCCAAAUGUUGCAAGAGAGUCGGAAAAACAGACAAUUACAGAGAAGCUGUUAAAUGUCAACUUGAAGGAUGUUUGCAUCCAUGAUCCAAAUGCUCCAAGAAAGUCGAGACCACAGAUGAUUGCUGAGAAGCUGCUAACUGUAAGGUUGCAUGCUUUUGUUGAGUAUGAAACUGUGGAUGCUGCUGAGAAAGCUGUGGCCAUGUUAAAUAAUGAACAAGAUUGGAGACAUGGGAUGCGGGUGAAGCUUCUCAAGCGAGUGGGAAAGAAGAAGAAAGCCUUGCGGGAUGCAGAAUCUGAGAAGGAUAGCCAUGCCCAAGCACUUGAUUCAGCAGGAGAUGAGGCAAACCAUUACCCUAGUGAGCUCCACGACGACAAGCAUGAUGAAGAGUACAGGAUGGGGAAAGGGACCAUCCAUCGAAGGACAAAAAUGGCAACAAGGGUCGAAACCGAAGGCGUGGAAGGCAACAUAACUCUCGGGGCAUUAAUGGACAGGGCCAUGGAGCAGUUUCUUCUAGUCAUGGUAUCGAGGCCUCAAGGCCACCACCAGGCCCCAGAAUGCCUGAUGGAACGAGAGGAUUUACGAUGGGGCGAGGUCGGCCUCUAGCCUCCAAUCCUAGUUAGCUGUAUGGCGAGAAACUGUGAACUAUCAUCUUGGUCAGUUGAAAGGCCUGGCCUGCUUUUCAUCCAUGUAGUGCUGCAGAAACUGCCAAUUUUUAUGGUGCUGCGAGUAGUUUGCAAAUGAAAGCACUCUGUGGAUAUAUCUCUUUUGGUUGGAUUGCUAGAUUUUAAGAUAGCAAAUGCAGCUGACGAGGUGAAAUCUGCAUAUCAUGCACUCUUUGAUAUAUGCAUGCAUAUUUCUUGGUUGAAUUACAGCCCUACAUUUUCGACA